GCAAGCCCUGCCCCUGCCUUGUUCUCUGACUUCACUGCGUAACGGAACUUCAAGGUUCCGUCUUGAUUGUUUUGCUUCUUACAGCAACGGCCUUAGCUCAAGCUUUUGGGCGUAGGGGGCUCGUCUCUGGAAAUCUGACAUUCAUAAUAUUACGAGACCAGAAUGUCCAAACAACAGGUGGCAGUGGAGCGAGCCAGGAAGGCCUUCCGCACUGGCAGGUCGAAGCCCCUGGAGUACCGUAUUCAGCAGCUCAAAAACCUCCAGAGGCUGUUUGAGGAGAGAAAGAAGGACAUUGCUGAAGCUCUCAAGAAGGAUCUCAAAAAGAGUGAAUAUGGCAUCCCGCUGUACGAAACCCUUGGGCUGGAGGGGGAGAUCAAUUUGGCCGUCAAGAAGCUCAAGGAGUGGGCAGCGCCGCGUCCCGUUACCAGGAACCUGCUCACGAUUUCGGACGAGGUGUACAUCCGCCCCGAGCCCCUGGGGGUCGUACUCAUCAUCGGGGCAUGGAACUAUCCGUGGGCAGUCACCAUACAACCCCUUAUAGGGGCCAUUGCAGCAGGUAAUGCUGCUGUGAUAAAGCCCUCAGAAGUCAGCGCCCACACGGCUAAAGUCAUGGAAGACCUAUUACCCGUUUAUAUAGAUAAGGAGCUGUAUCCCGUGGUGACCGGAGGCGUCGUAGAGACCCAGGAGCUGCUGAAGCAGCGCUUUGACCACGUCUUCUACACAGGCAACUGCGCCGUGGGGAGGAUCGUGAUGGAGGCCGCCGCUAAGCAUCUCACCCCCGUCACCCUCGAGCUCGGGGGCAAGAGCCCCUGCUACAUCGACAAAAACUGCGACCUCACUAUCGCCUGCCGCCGCAUUACGUGGGGAAAGUAUACCAACUGUGGGCAGACGUGCAUCGCUCCCGACUACAUCCUGUGUGACCCCGGCAUCCAGGACAAGGUGAUAGAGGAGCUCAAGAAGAGUGUGAAGGAGUUCUAUACGGAAAACCCCAAGACUUGUCCAGACUAUGGACGCAUCAUCAACCAGCGGCAUUUCAAGCGAGUGUUGGCGAUGACAGAGGACAGCACAGUAGCUCUGGGAGGAGACAAUGAUGAGUCUGAAUGCUACAUAGCCCCCACUAUUCUGAGGGACGUGAAGCCAGAGGCCAAGGUGAUGCAGGAGGAGAUCUUUGGACCCCUGCUGCCCAUCCUGCCGGUGGGAGGUGUGGACGAGGCCAUCGACUUCAUCAAUGACCGGGAGAAGCCCCUCGCCCUCUAUGUGUUCACCCAGGACAAGAAGCUGAUAGAGCGCAUACGAGACGAGACCUCCAGCGGUGGUUUCCUUGCCAAUGACACUCUUGUACACUUCUCUGUCAAUGAUUUGCCAUUUGGUGGUGUGGGUAACAGUGGCAUCGGCGCCUACCACGGCAAGCACAGCUUCGACCAGCUGAGUCACCUGAGGGGUUGUCUCGUCAAGCAGCUGAAGAUGGAGGGGAUGAACAACAUGCGCUACCCACCCCACACGCAAGACAAGCUGGGCUGGGCACGCUUCUUCAUCCUCAAGCACGAAUCCGUGGUCAAGACCUUUAAGUAUGCCGCACUGGCUGUGCUGGUGGUCAUCGCUGCCUUCAUGAUCCAGAGACUCUUAGACUGAUUCAGCAACCAAGAACACAACGUGACUGAUAUCUUCUAUCAAGUAAACACUGCUUCUAGUGGCCAUCCACCAUACUAAACUAAACUGAACUGGCCUUGACCUUUGAAGUGACUGAAAGAGGUGGUAAUUUUAACCAUUAUGCAAAGCUGCUUGUAGAGUAUUACUUUGUAACGAUUACACAUUAAUACUGACAGUUAUGUAAUUGAUUAUAUAUGAUUUUUAAAUCGGAUUCAUAGCACUUUAAUUUGUGUUUUAUUUUAAUUCAUUCAUUCAGCCUUUUAAAAAAUGCCUUAAUGUUCCGUUAGAGUAGAUUUCUCUUAAUAGAAGAAACUUAAACGUUGCAAUAUUGUCACAAAUGUACCCAUCUUUCUUUAUUUUAAUAUCGCCUCCACUCACAACUUGGCCUUGUCUGGUCUGUUGCAUUCCUAAUAAUGGGUUACAAUGAACCCCAUUACACCUAAAUAUUGGCAGACAGUAUGCUAAAGCAGCUAUUCAGCGUAUUGAAGUACCUCAGAAAGGAUUUAAGAAGGUUUUUGUUCACAUGAAGGAAUCUUCUGAAGGCAUUUUUAAGAAUUUUAAACAGUAAAUGGCAAAGUGAUUUCAAAUGAAGACAGAUAGUAGAAUGUGAAGGACAGGAGAUGAGUGCUGAAGUUAUAGUUCUGUUAUUGUAUUUUACUAUGGUCCAAUAUUGCACCUGCGUUAAGCCGUUAUACCUGACCAAUUCAUAUUCACAUUGACGCAGAUGUGAGUAUGCAGGCGAUGUACUUUUCUAUUCAAUGUUUCUACUUUUUGGCAUUUAUUAUGAAAAUAUUGUGAAAUAUGAAUUACCGGUAAGCCUUUACAUUUCAAUUAUGAAUGUUAACAGAUCUGCACAUGGAAAUGUUAUGACAUUUUAUCUAUUACAAAAUAUUUUUUGUUUAUUUGCAAAUAAAUAAAUAAUAUUUGCGAGA